AUGAAUGUAGGAUCAAUAAACUCUCCUUUGUUUGAAGGAUCAGCUCGUGAGGGUGAGGUUGAAGAUCUCACUCAAAUCAUGUGGAGGGAUCCGUUAUGGUUACAAAUGUUCCCGUUGAAUCAAAUGACAGUAUUGACUUACUUUUCAAUGUCUCAGUUCUACGAUAAACAAUGUAAUAAUGAAAUACUUAAAAUGCAAAGAUUAGAUCCUUCAGCUUUAAAAACAAUGGUAGGAAUAGAAUAUCAAGUUAUAAAUUAUCAAGAACCAUCAUUAUUUUUAAUAGCAAGACAAUAUAGAGAAUCACCUGGUGAUGUAAAGGUUCAAACAUUGUACUAUAUCAUCAAUGGUAGUAUCUAUCAAGCACCUGAUCUAAAGGCAGUGUUGACAUCUCGUCUUACACAAUCAUUGUAUCAUCUACGUCAAGCUUUUGAUAAGAUUGGGUCAAUCGUCAACUGGGAUAUUGUCAAUGGUUACUCUAUCAAUUUCGAUCCCAAUGCACAUCAAGAUAAACUCAAAAUAGCUGCCUAUACAAUCAAACAAAUUGAAGAUACAAAAAGAUUAGGUUUAGUUGUUGAUUCUUUAUUUAACAAGGUAAGAGCAAAUAAUAAUAAUAAUAAUAACUCAUUAAUUUUAAACAUUUUUCCAAGACCAAUUGAACCUCAAUCAGUAUCUACACCACCUCAACAACAACAACAACAACAACAACAACAACAACAACAACAACAACAACAACCACCUCAACAACCACCUCAAUAA